AUGAGCUAUCUCUUCUUAGCUCCUGAAUUGCCUUUGCCCUUUAGUCCUCUCUCUCCUCAAGCUUUUGGAGAAAUCCAACGCCAUGCUGGGGAAGCCUGGAGACGGGAGGCUCAAAGAGAGGCCAACUGUGCAACAACAUAUUCUGCUGGUUAUGGAAAAAAGGAGCUGGCUGAACCUGCAAGAACCAAACCCUCCUCUCCUACCAGGAUAAACAGACCUCAUCCACCAGAAGUGUUUAUGGUAAACCAGCUUCAUUAUAUACCUGGAUAUUACAACAGUGAUAAACAAACUGCUGCAGCUGACAAAGGCAAAUGCCAUGAAUAUCCAGGUUACAGAGAGGAUUCUAAAUAUGUCAGACAACGAGUAGUGUAUCAAAAUAUGUACUGUGGUGCUUCAAAGUCACAUCAGGCAGCUCAGAACUGGAUAAAACAUGCCAGUGAAAAUGAGGGCAGAAAUAUUGAGAAAAUGAAAAAUUUUGCAGUGGAAAGUCAGAAGAUGCAGACUAUACCACACAAGAUAAAGACGUAUAGCUGUUAUGCAACUUCCCAGCAGAGUAACAAACCCGAGUUUGUCGUUUCAAUGAAUCACUGGUUGAAGAAAGCUGGAAAAGAAGGGAAGGUCCUACUAAACUGCCUUCUCCCCCUUGCUGAGGAACUCCUCCCUGAAUCACAGUGUGGCUUCAGGCCAUCCCGAGGCACAAAUGACAUUAUCUUCGUGGCACGACAGAUUCAGAAGUGCAGAGAGCAACACCCGGAACUGUUCAUGGCAUUCAUCGACCUAACCAAGGCCUUUGACUAUCAAUCGUGA